UUCCAAACAAGCCCUAGAAAUUACAAGUCUCCAAAUUUCGAAUCCAUGGCCUGAGACAGCAUAAGAAACGCAACGAAAACCCAGUUGUAGUUGCGUAAGAUCGACACUCUUCUCCGCAAAUCAAGCUCUCUCGCUCUCUCGCUAUCUCCGUUGUGGGUUUUGGUUUUCUGUGGCAGUUCUUUAUUUUUAUCAAUCAUUCAAUCCAUAUGAGAAACGCUCUGUCCAGGGAUGGAGGAUGACGAAGAAGAAGACCCGGGAUUUGUCUCACGAGAUUUUGUACUUUCUCUGUGGGUUCCUGGAUAUAGCUAGAAAUUGAGGUUUGUGAUGGCAAUCGUGGGAGAGAAGAAAGGUGUAAGGCCUCUUCUGCUGCAACUUGGGGUGGCUUUAGCUCUCUCGUUUGCUGGAUUUCUCUAUUCUCGCUUCAAAACGAAGCGGAUCGGACCCUCCCAGCCUCCACCGUCCCCUCAAUCUUCAGAUUGUGGGAGUGGAGUUGAUUUGGGAGGAGAUAGAGCUGGGCUCAGAGAUGGUCUUCGUGCCUUACAGACAACACCCAGUUCCUGUAAUAUUGCUCCAAUUGCAGCUGAAAAAUAUGGAGAAGCAUGUCUUCAGAAGGAUAAGGUCGAUAAUUUCUUGGUUGACCUCUCUUCAAGCAGUAAAAAUAGUGGAGAUAAAGAUAAGGUCCUUUUGCCAGAAUUUAAAGAGAUUAUGAAGGAAUUUGACUUAGUUGCUAUGAAUAGUGGGAUUUCUCUAAGCCAGGAUGUAGAAACACUUGGGUCAGAUGUAGAAAAACCUAUAGCAUUUAGAACCACAGAGAAGGACGAGUACGACCAAGAGAUUAAUCAACUGAGGAGCAUGGUUAGAGGACUUCGAGAAAGGGAGAGGAAUCUUGAGGUCCAGUUGCUCGAGUAUUAUGGGCUUCAAGAGCAAGAAACAACCGUCAUGGAGCUCCAAAAUCGAUUAAAUUUCAACAAUACUGAAUUUAAGCUUUUGAAUCUUAAGAUUGAGUCCUUGCAGGCUGAUAAGCAACGACUAGAGGCACAACUGGCUGAUUACCCUACAGUUGUGGCUGAGCUGGAAGGUGCCAGAGCCAAAAUAAAGCUGCUUGAGCAGAAACUUAGGUCUGAAGCUGAACGCAACCGAAAACAGAUUUUUAUACUUAAGCAAAGAGUUGAAAAGUUUCAAGACCAAGAACACAAGGCUGCUAACAGUGAUCCAGAUAUUCAAUUAAAGCUAAAGGAUUUGGAGAAUGAAGCAGAGGAGUUAAGGAACUCUAAUAUAAAAUUGCAGCUGGAAAAUUCUGAAUUGGCAGAAAGGUUGGAAUCCACUCAAAUCCUUGCAAGUUCUGUUCUGGAACAUCCAGAGGUAGAAGAAGCAAAGAAAUUGAGCCACUGCCUGAGACAAGAAAAUGAAGAUUUGUCAAAGAAAAUUGAGCAACUCCAAGCAGAUCGGUGUGCUGAUGUAGAAGAGCUAGUCUAUCUUCGGUGGCUAAAUGCUUGCUUACGAUAUGAGCUGAGAAAUUAUGAGCUCCCGGAUGGUAGAACUGUUGCCAAGGACCUAAGCAAUACCCUGAGCCCCAAGUCUGAGGAGAAAGCCAAGAAGCUAAUACUCGAAUAUGGAUAUACAGAAGGGAUUGAGGAAAAGGUAAUUGACAUUAUGGACUUUGAUUCUGACCUGUGGUCAUCCUCCCAAGGUGACUCCAGCGAGUUUGAUGAUUCUUCUGCCUUUAAUUCAUCGGCUACCAUAACCAGCAGUUCAAAAAAGACAAAAUUUCUCAGCAAGCUUCGGAGACUUAUAAGGGGUAAAGACCACCAUCACCAUGACCAAGUUUCAACAGCAGACAAAUCUGCAUCACCAGAAAUGUUGCCGACAUGUUCUGAUGAUUCUCUGCACUGCAAUUCUGCCUAUCCAACAGGAAUUGAUGCAAAAACUGCUGGGAAUAGCAAUCGAUUUACAGCUCUGCCUCCAAGUUCAUUUAGACAUUCUUUAGAUAUACAAAGAUUAAAGAGUCUGAAUGUAGAGGAUUUCAAGGAAUUGGAAAGAGCCCGGAGGUACAGUGAUACAGGGCACUUCAAUGCAUACAAGAGAAUCAUUUUGGGUGGGGAAGCUGUUAAUGAUUCGCCCGUAGAUGCCAAUCACAAAUCUUCACUGGUGAAAUAUGCAGAAGCUUUGAGUCAUUCUCAUGGUGGAAAACCAUCCCACAGGAAAUCAAAAUCAGUGCCAAUAGGUUCGUAUUGAUAUUUAGGAUCUGUCAGUAGGUUUCGAAAUACAUCAGAAGUCUUGAACUCCUUCAAGUCAUUUACAUGUGAAAGGAUUUACUGGUCAAUGACCAAUGUACCAUACUUUAUUGAUAGAAACCAGUUAGAAUGUGAAUCACAGCUUCUUGAUAUCAUUUUAGCUUGAACAAUAUGAAUGAAUAUUUAGUUUUUAUUUA